AUGGCCAAGCGGCGGAGUAAAUUCGGUUUGGCUAGGUUCGGAUGCUUCGGGGGCCAAGCUCGGGCGGAGAAGAUGGCAGAGGAUGGGUAUCCGGUGAAGCUGCACAUCUACGAUCUUACCCAAGGGAUGGCGCGGCAGCUCUCGGCGACGAUCCUCGGCAAGGCCAUCGAGGCUAUUUGGCACACCGGUGUGGUCGUCUACGGGCGGGAGUACUACUUUGGCGGCGGCAUCCAGCAAGGCCAGCCCGGCCGGACGCCCUACGGCACGCCCAUCCGGGUGGAGGACCUGGGCGUGACCCACGUCCCCAGGGAGGUGUUCGAGGAGUUCCUCCGGGAGAUCGGCCCGCGCUACACCCCGGCCACCUACAAGCUCCUCAGCCACAACUGCAACAACUUCAGCAACGAGGCCGCGCAGUUCCUCGCUGGUGCCGCCAUCCCCGGCUACAUCCUCGAGCUGCCAAACCAAGUGAUGAACAGCCCGGUCGGCGCGCUGAUACUGCCGAUGAUCCAGGGGCUGGAGACGAGCUUGGGAGCUGGGGCUGUGCCGCAGCCGCCGCAAUUCAGUCCGGCUCCUGCAGCCCCCGUUGGCGCCGCCACCGUGACUCGGCCGGCGACGAAUGACGUGGUGCCAAGAUCGACGGCUGCUGCUGAUAAACCGGAGGCUGCCAAGACAGCGGGCAAUAAUGGCAGUGCCAAUGACACCACGGCCGUUCCACUUCCACCGGCAGUGCAGCCCGCAGCAGCACCGGCGGCAGCCGCCGCUGAGGUGAGCAGCGCGGCGCCUACGGUUCCAACCAAGUUGGCGGCGCCUCCUCCAAACCCCCUUGCGGCGGCGAAGAGCCGGGUGCAGGAGGAGAUAAAGCGCGAGUUCGCUGCCAUCAUGGCGGCCGGCACGGCGCGUGCCGGCGAGGCCGCCGCGCUGGCCACGCGCAGGGUCAUGGAGCGGCACGGCCUGCAGCGCGCCGCUGCCGCUGCCGCUGCCGCGCAGCGAGGAAAAGGAAGGGACCAAACAGCCCAUAACGGCCCAGCAUUUUACAGGCCCGAAAGGCCCUACAAGGACGCCGUAACACACUGGACUACAAUGGAGAACAUGCGUUAUGCUGAGGAGCUCGUGAGGGAGUUUCUAGUUUUCAGGGGUUUCACAGGUACGCUGCAAGCGUAUGAGUCAGAGUUGUCUACUGAGAUUGGCAGGAACUUUCAAGCAGAUAAGAUCGUGGAUUUGGUGUUCUCAGAGUAUGUACCGAAAUACCAACUGGACAGGUUGGUCGGUCUGUUUGCCUUUUUCAAGCAGUGUUUCAUGUCACCUGUGGACACAGAGCUGUUCUCAACCCUUGUUAAGUUGGAGCUGUCAGCAUUAAGCAAUUAUCUAAUGCAAAAGCGUGGAGAUUGGCUGGCAUGGUUUGCUCUUAUGAGAAUUAGUAGUGAAAAGAAUACCAUCAAAUCCCUCAAGAAUGACAUAAAGCAACUGAACAAUAAAUUGGCAGAGCUACAAGCGUCCUUAGAGGCGAAGGAAGAUGAAAUCUCUCAGUUGAGGAGGAACUAUAAUAGUGUUGGUUAUGGAAACAAGAAUGUAAUUGGUACUAGCACAGCUGGUUCCCCUCAUGAAGAGAUAUCAGAAAACUAUGAAGAAUCCUCGGCCUCAAGUAGCAUGAUACAGGGUUUUGAUUCUCGGUCCUCAAGUUCAGUGAAAUCUUAUACAAGAGGUGGGAAAUUCCAUGAAUCUUCUGAGAUCAGCCAUACAGAGGAUGAGCAGGUUUUAGUGACUGAGGAAGAUUUUCCUGAAGUAAAAGUGGAUUUCCAGGAAACAUUUUUAGGCCAUAACAGUUCAAUUAGCCGAUGUCGAUUUUCUGCAUCUGGGUCAAAUAUUGCUAGUUCAUCAAUCGAUGGUACAGUUAGGAUUUGGACAUAUGAUUCAUCAACACCAUCAUCCAGAAAUGCUACUAUAUACUGUGGGUCUGAAGUCAGUGCGCUUUCUUGGGAAUGCAGAUCUGACAGAUUGCUGCUCAUAGGCACAGCUAAUGGAGGAAUUAAAGCUUGGAAUGCUGAUGCAAAGAGAGUUGUUUGCGACCUGAGUACAUCUAGAGAUUUUCCAAGCAUCUUAGAUUUGAAAUGCAGCCCUGUUGAACCUGUGUUUGUCUCUGCAGCUGCAUCAAGACGGCAUGGAUCAACUACAUUUGAGAGAACAGGAUUUGCCAACUUGACCGUGUGGCAUAUGAAAACAUGGAAACCAUUGGUAGUUCAUUUGCUUUCAUCCUCUUCUCUUGAACUUAUAUGUGGAUUUUGUAUCCAGUAUCUUUUCUAA